AUAAAGUUUCCUUUACAUCCGUCUUUCUUCGCCGAGCUCCUUAAUUCACUCUCAACAAUCUCCUCCAAACCUCUCUAGAUCCUUCUCCCUUUUUUAUUAUCUUAGCAAUGGCACCCAAGGCUGAGAAGAAACCCGCCGAGAAAAAGCCGAUCGCCGAGAAGGUCCCAGCCGCCGCCGAGAAGAGGCCCAAAGCUGAGAAGAAGAUCGCCAAAGAGAGUGGUGAGAAAAAGAAGAAGAAGAUCAAGAAGAGCACUGAGACCUACAAGAUCUACAUUUUCAAGGUCCUUAAACAGGUUCACCCCGAUAUCGGAAUCUCUAGCAAGGCCAUGGGCAUCAUGAACAGUUUUAUCAACGAUAUUUUCGAGAAAUUGGCUCAGGAAGCAUCCCGUCUCGCGAGAUACAACAAGAAACCGACCAUUACGUCGCGGGAGAUCCAGACCGCUGUGAGAUUGGUGUUGCCUGGUGAGCUGGCCAAACAUGCCGUCUCGGAGGGGACCAAGGCCGUGACGAAGUUUACCAGUUCUUAAUCUUUGUUUAGUUUGAUGGGUAUUUGACAUUUUCAGAUAAUUUUUUUUUUUUUUGGCUAUUGAUGCUUAAUAGAUGUAAUGCUUUCUGUGGACAGAUUAAUGAAAAUUUCGGUUUCCCAAAGCUCC